AUGCUACUACUUCUAUCCUUAAUUGCUGUCCCAUGGAUGCUGCUACCCAAGCCUUUCAGUUUAAAGGCACAUCAUAACAGAGCACACCAAGGUGAUUCCUAUGUGGAACUUGAAGGGACAGAUGAGUCAUUAGUGGAGGGAGGUCAUCAUGGCUCCCAUGAUCAUGAAGAACUGUUUGAGCUCAGUGAAGUGUUAAGGUUCGAGAAGCUAGGACAGACUGGGGGUGGGGGUGGUUGUAAAUUUGGUGAAAAAGUCGGGCCUUCCAGAAGCUGGGACAGAUUCGGAGAAAUCAUUCUUGUGAUAUGGGCAUAUAAGAACCUCAGUUUGUGGACCUGUCUCAAGAUGAAAAUCAGAUCCAAUGAGACGAAUGUCAAACCUUUGACCAAGGUGUUAAUUGAUUAUCUACAUGUAAGUGACCAGGACUUCAAGGGAGAUCUUACUGAAAAAAUUUGCUCCAUUGUAGAAAAGCUUUCCCCUGAUAAGAUUUCGUACAUUGAUCAGAUGCUCAUGGUUCUUUCUGAGCGAUUAAGCGAUAUCUCACCUCAUAUGAACCAUAACCGAUAUGGGAGGUUUGUUAAGUUCAUUUUGUUUUCUGAUGCAAAAAAAGUGGCUAAUAUCUUUGUGUUGUGCUGUGGUGUAGCGUUUUCAAUAUCUAUAAUUAAGACAGAGCAAGCAAUUCUGCAAUGCCUCGAUGUUGCAGCUAAGGCUCCGCACUGGCCUAUUGGUGUUGAUGCAUUAUCAGCAAGAUGCAGUAAAGACUUGGAGUUGAAUUUUGCUAAGUCAUAUAAUAAGCUGCUUGGAGCAUUAGUCUUAAAGAAUUAUGAAAGGCAAGAUGCAACUUUAGUUAGUCGGAAUUCGAUGUACAUAGUAGAUUAGAUGCAAAUUUAUAUAUUGUAAGAAAUAGAAUUGUAUGACAUUAAAUU